AUGGGCUUUGAGUCCCGCGAAUAUACUUUCGACGUACGCUACACCAGUCGUGAAGUGCAUGACCGGGCAAGGCGCAAUCUCUACCACGCAGCUAGCGAGGCAUCAAGCUCAUUCGGUAACUCACUGGGCACUGCGCCUACGACACUGGUGGGAUCGGCCGAGUCGGCAGGAGGAACCAACCAACUACCAACAGACUCGAUGCACCAACCUGAAGACACCACACUCAUCACCACUGCCUCCCCUGCCUCGCUCAAUCGCCUCACACCGCAUGCCUCGAACAGUGACUCCAUAGCCAGUAUAGAGGAGGUGAGUGGUAGCUGUCGAGUAAGCAGAAAUAUGGCUUGGAUGUAG